AUGUCUGAGACCAUGAAAACCGCUGCUGCCGGCCAGGCCGCCGACGACAAGGAGAAGGCGGCACCGGCCGCGGGCCCCGACCCGGCUCCCGUGGCCAACAGCAAGGGUGAGGAGCCCUCCGCCGAGGCCUUCAGGAUGGUCGUCUUCGAUCAGGAGAACUUCCAGGGCCGGCAGCUGGAGUUCACGGGCGAGUGCCUCAACCUGGCCGACCGCGGCUUCGACCGGGUGCGCAGCGUCAUCGUUGCCUCCGGACCCUGGGUGGCCUACGAGCAGGCCAAUCUGCGCGGGGAGAUGUUCAUCCUGGAGAAGGGCGAGUACCCCCGCUGGGACAGCUGGUCCAGCAGCUACCGGAGCGACUGCCUCAUGUCCAUGCGCCCCAUCAGGAUGGAGGCCGAGGACCACAAAAUCUCCCUGUUCGAGUCUGCUGACUUCCAGGGCAACAAGACGGAGAUCCAGGAGGACGACGUGCCCAGCCUCUGGGCUUACGGCUUCUGCGACCGCGUGGGCAGUGUGAAGGUGCCCAACGGGACCUGGGUCGGGUACCAGUACCCUGGCUACAGGGGCUACCAGUACCUCUUUGAGACCGGCGACUUCCGACACUGGAACGAGUGGUCCGCCUUCCAGCCCCGGAUCCAGUCCAUCCGGCGCAUCAGGGACAUGCAGUGGGACCAGAGAGGCGCCUUCGUCACCCCCGAGGCGCCCUCCGACUGA